AUCAAGCAGCCAGGAGUCGGGUCUGAUGGUUGAUCAGUCAGACGGACCAAUCACAGCGCUCCGCCACUGACGGACUUCCAUGAGGCCAGGCGCAGUUAGUUAGACACACAAACCAGAUCAACCAGCGUCAGUCAGUCCGUCUCCUCAAAUUGCUUAAGUUAAUUUUACACUUUUGCCUCUUUUUCCUGGGAAAUCUAUUUUGAUUUGCGAUGCGGGGUUAAACUAAAUUGAAACAUGUUUGAGAAAAUCUGAGAAUAUAAUUUUUUUUAUUUAUUUUCUUGCCUACCUCUGGAUUAUCAAUACGCCCGAUGAAGGAGGAAAUAAUCUAAGAUCGGAAGUGCUUUACAAAAAAAAAAAAAAAAAAACUUGAAACAGGUGGCACAUCUAGCAGCAGCGGUUCAGUCUGUCCUCAUCAUUUUCUGCCAAGAUAACAGGCUGCCAUCAGAGAAGCGCUGAGAUGUACAGUGCGCAGGCUCUCCACAGCAUCAAACCCCAGAGCAGCGCACAGGUCUGAUUGCCAGCUUCUUAACCCAAAGAGUGUUCUGGAAAUCAAAGCCUCAAAAGAAGAAAACAAGAGAAUCCCCUACCUGCCUUCUCAAAGAACUGUAUUGGGACAAUAGCUACUGGACUAACAUCUGCUUUGGUCUCUUUUUAUUCCUCGAAUAAACCCUCCUAAAAAGGCUAGAGGACCAUGUAAGUGAAAGAAGUGGAGCCCUCAGUGAUUUCAGCAUUCUGUCUCCUCCAUCUGUGCCUACAUUCUCUGCUACAGAUAGGGACGUUUUGAUAAUUACAUAUAAUUAUAAUUUCUGUGGGAGACAGAUCUGCCUCUGUCUAUUAUGGCCAACACCUUCAGUACAAUAACUUCACACAUUUACAUAUCUGCCAACAAAAGUGAUAUUCUUUAAACCCCCCGGGGAUAAAUCAGGAAUAAUUCUGCUCCGAUUGACAUGUCACAUGCAAAAGCAAUUUGCCAUUCAUCUGAUAUCUAAUAAGGGAUACAUCUGAGUGACAAGGGGGAUUUUUUUCCCCUUUUCCUGCCACAGAAAUCUGGCUGAAAAUCAUGGCAUUUAGGUCUUUUUGCUGCGUGUUUUACAGGCCAGGAAUCAUUCUUCUGCUUCAUGGUUGUUCAUAAUUUUAUUUCCACCUUCUAGCACAUAAGCAGAGCCUUCCUCAUUAUCACCCACAGUUUGGUCACAGUAACAGCCUGUGCCAGGCGAUUGCUGACCAAACCAAUCCCAAUGGAAUUCUCCAGAAUAAAUUAUAAUAGACAACAUUGAUCCAAACUGCAGGCACCCAGAUUAGGGGACUGUUUGAAAAGCAAAAACAUCCCUACAUUUUUAUAGCAUUGUCCUAACAGUUGUUUUCCUUGUCUACAAAAUAAUUGUUGAAUAAAUAACACGGCAGUUUGCGCUACUUGCUAGAAGAUGAAGAAUACAGACAUAUCACUUCCUGUCAACUGUUUAUCCAGUGCCAGAGUCAGCCGACGAAUGUCCUGGGAUGUCAUGUUUUUCUAAUUAAAUUUGUUAUUAAUUUUCAAAGGACCUUUGUGGCCAGAAACUGGAAUUGAAUCCAACAGGGUAUUUUAAAAAGAAAUGAGAAUAAACCUAUAAAGCUUUGGGGCGUCUUUUAUUAAACCUGGUAAAAGCAGUUUUAUCAUAAUUAUCAUUAAAUCUUUCAACCCAAACAGUCUCACACAUAAAUUGACAGAAACUCAUGAUGUAUCUCUGAUGUCCUUGGCUAUACAUUUAAUUCUUUACAUGGCCUUUUAGUGAGUUAAACUGGAAAAGGGAAUAAAGCUGUGUAACUGCAUUGAGUCAACAACAGAAAAUAGGUGUCUUAGUCAUGUAAAAAUGACGCCCACCACCUAUCUCCGAAUCCUCGCCGUCUCCCUGCUUUCCCUGUUCGCUGCCCCACUUACCAGCGCAGUGGAGACGUCUUCGUACCCCCCUCCUCAGCAUGUAGACCGCUCAGGGAGACCAUUCACUGAGCAGCCAGACACAGACUCCAGCUCCUCCCUCUUGCUACUUGCCAUCCAGGCCAAUGCCAGGCCGGCUGCUCUCCGAAGCAGACCCAAAGCACCUGAGGAACCUCAAGACACCUCAGAGGUAGUUCUGGAGCCCCUUCCAAAACCACUGGCCCAAGUGAUGUUUCCUAAGAAUGCAACCUCCUCAGAGGGCCUAGGAGAUCAUUUUCAAGCAGCUCACAUCCCUCCUCGUAUUAUGGAUGGAUGGACAGAUGUAUGUUGGGGUUACUAUGAUGUGAUGGGACACUUUGACAAUGCUUUCAACUGCUCUAAAGACUCCUUCAUCUACUGCUGUGGAACAUGCCACUACCGCUUCUGCUGUCCAGAUCGAACUCGCAGGCUGGAGCAGGACAUCUGUAAAAACUACAUCUCUCCAGACUGGGCCAAGCCACAGACAGAUCCCAUGAUAUUACCGGAGGAGCUGAGUCCAGACCCAGACUAUGACCCUCUGAAGCAGCAGAGCCACAACACGGGAUUCGUCAUUGGUGGCGUUAUUGUGUUUAUGGUAGCUGUCGCCGUGGGCAUCAAGGUGGUUUUCAAUAAGGUACAACAGGAGGCCAACCAAAGGGACCUGAAUAUGCCCAGAGCUCUGGUUGACAUGCUGCGGCACCAGUCGAGCCCAGUCCAGCAAGAUGAAAGAAAUAACAGCGUGGCUCUGACUGUACCCGACGGACAGGGGACACUGGGAAGACCCCCGAAAAACCUCUACGGCCCGGGAGUGCCCAGCAAGGACAACAGAUUGGGCAAUCUGCAGCACAAUUUCAUCCACUCAUCAGGCUCCAGCCCCAAACACACAGCAACUAUCGAACGCACCCCUCGGAUGAACAAUGCUCAGCUGGCAGCUGGAGGCACCCUGCUUUCCAGUAAACACAACAACACCAAAUCCCAGCCUUCCUUCCACCACUCCCUACACAACCUGGCUCAACUGCCACCUUCCUACGAGAGUGCCACAAAGCCCGAGCUCAACAGAUACUCCUCUCUCAAACGCCUAGAGAAAGGACUUGAUGAGUACUCAUCUGGUUACUGCACGACCAAACGCAGACCCCAUACAGCUCAGCCAGCCCUCCAGUCCUCUCAACACCACCUUCACUGGGGUGGAGACUACACUCUGAGCGGUAGAGGAACCCUUCCUAGGCACGCAGUUCGUCCCUGGAUCCCACCACCCCCCUCUGGCAUGCCUGCCUCUCCCACUCCCAAUCCUUACCCUCUGGAUCCUCCUGAGCCCCAGUACAAUCCCAACUACGACACUUUGUCCAAGCCUCCAAGGAAAGUAAAGUCUACCGACCAGCUGCUGAACAUGGGCGAUGUACCAGGCAACACUGGGACCCUGUCUCGACUGGCUAAGAACCAGCAACACCAGUACCACAAAGCCAUGGCUGCCUCCAACAAGAAUUCCAACAUGCAAACCCUGACCAGGAAGACACAGGACAGACAGGAAAGACAAGAGAGACAGGAGCGACAGGAUAGGAUGCUCAUGUCCCCUGACCACUUGGAGGACAGAAUGGGAGUCGGCGGGAUGGGAGUCGUCGAUCCCUACGCUCAUACAGGAACUGGCAUUGUCCCCACACUGCCGCGCCAGCAGAAGGCCCAGUCCCAGCAGAACGUGUGCGCUACGCCUUCCCUUGACCGGCACCACAUGAUCAAGAUGAACUCCCACCCCACGUCUGGGAGGGAGCAGGAGAGGAGCACGGGCAUGACGAGUCACGUGAGCAGCGGCGUGGGCUGGUCAGGAGAGAUGCCCGGAGCCGGAGCUGGGGUAGUCAUGGGAACAGGAACGCUGGGGGGCCACAGCGCCAGGAGGAUGGCUUUUGCAGCAAAAAGGCAGAACACCAUUGAGCAGCUACACUUCAUACCAGGAGGGGGUGGUGGGGGGUCUGCAGGAAGCUCAGGAGGCAGCCAGGGAAUCAGGACGGGGAGUAAGAAUGAAGUGACAGUGUAAGGUCUGUACCUAGAGUAAGGAAAAAAGCCCUUAGACAAAAGGGAAUAGAUCACCCUUCUGCAUUUAACUAUUAGAUACAAGUACAACAAAUAAAACUAGAAGUAUACAGUAGUAACAGUAACAUGUGUUUAGGCUAUUCAAAUUAGUUUUAUCUUGUAAUCAAAUUAGAUUAAAUAUGACUACUUAUAAAGCUAAAAGUGUAGGUGGAGACACCUUUGUGAUAGCCUACAUCAGCCAUAUUUUGUAACCGAUUUUUGCCAUAUCGACAUAUACAGCUGUGCCAUUACACGUAGAAGGACUGACUGGACUGGUGAAACAGAACCAAUAGAGGAGUUGUUCAUGAUUUAAUUUUUAUAUAUAUAUAUAUAUAUAUAUAUAUAUAUAUAUAUAUAGAAAUAUAUAUAUAUAUAUCUAUGUAUGUUUUUAAAGAAGUACUCAGGAGCCAUAUUAGAUAAAGAGAAUGAGACAAAUUAUGGUUUAUCGAAGCAGAGGACUUCUGAAGACAGAUCCAACUACCUUGACUGAUGUCGACAACUUAUACUGAGGAACCAGAUCAGUCUCAAAGACCAUUGUGCCUGCAUGGUAAAAGAUUUUGGAUGUUUUACAUUCUGCUGAACAAGACCUCAUCCAGACCCAGGGAGACUGGACUGUGCUUCUUGCUUCCUGAUUAUUGAUGGAGAGGCUGUUUUCCAGCAUUAUGUUUAAACUGAGGAAGGACCCUAAAUUACCAAUCCAACACCCGGGUUGCCUAAUUUUUCCACGUGACCUUAGAUUUCAAAUCAUACAGGGAAGCUGAUCUACAAGGUCAUAUAAACUCAUUUUCAGGGUCUGAGGGUUCCCCUGGUGUUUCCAAUUACAGACCAGGCCCUACCAAAAAAUAUCCAGAGCCAUCUGUUUUAAAAUUACCCCAAAAAUAAGAGAUAACACUACAGCAUGUGUUCAAUUUACCUUCAGAGAGGCAGAUCGCUGUGUGAUACAUUUGCAUACAAAAAGCACAGAGGUUGCACUUACAACUGUCCUUCAAAGCCAUCUUUUUGGAAACGUUCACCCUGGAAGCGGGAUUGACAAUCACUAUUUAGAUAUUACCAUGAAUGAUACCCGCCAGUGAUGUUUUGGACAGUCAAAGGAUUGGUUUUGGAGCAAGGCGGUGAGAAAACAACCUUGGGUGGUUAGGAAGCCCUUCACAUCUUCAAGACAAAGAACUUGUUGUAUCAUAAUGUACUUCAGCCAGUAUAAGUUAGAAAAAAACAAACAAAAAACAUCAUAAAAAGGUAGAAAAAAAAUCAUCAAUAACAACGCUUAUCAAUACUAAGGGCUAUCCUAUCCUAUAUACUGUAGUAUGUGAUAUCUGUGGUCCAUAUAAAAAUGCUCUCUCUUUCUAUCGAUUUUGUGUUGAUAUUGUCAUGACGUAUCAAGUAUUCAUGUGUAGGAAAGAAACAACAACAAAGAAAAAAAAAAACACAAAACAAGAGCAAUUUAAGCACAGUUCCAAGAAAAACACAGAGACAAAACUUUGCACAAACCAGUCCCCUGAUAUUUGCACCAGACACGAGCACACUCUGUGUCGUGUCCUCAAGGUUUACAUUCAGCACGAGCUCGGCCGUGAGCGCGACUGAUCUACGGGAGAGGAUAAUGCACCGAGAGAGGAUUUAUUUUUUGCUCCUUAUUUUUUAUUUAAUUUUACUUUUUUUCUAUCAAGAGAAAUCAGAGGUAUUAAUGUGGGUGAAGGAAGGAACGUUUCGGGUAGAGGAUGCAAAAUGCUGAAAACAGAAACACACGACUCCAUUGGGACAAUCUUCCUAUACACAGUGCUUGAUGUAGUUGUUAUAAAUUUGAUGGAGUGUUAUUAUUAAUAAUUAUUAUAACUGUUAUGGUUAUUAUUAACAAUUAUCUUAUGAUAUGUGAUGUUCUUUUACUUGGUGAGACUUUUAAGUGUUUAUUGUUUUUUAAUGACUUUACUUUUUCAUGACUAGUUGAUUUAGUUACUUAUUUUUUUCCUCGUCAUUAAGAUUUAGAGAUGACUCUAAACUUUGUUGCAUGCCAGCUCCAUUUAACUGAGAGGCAUUGACAGAGCAUGCCUGGCAUUUCUCAAGGGUCGUCAAUGCUUCGAAUGGCCAACCCUCCAGCUGUAUGUACCGUGCCUAGACAUCAGCCUUAUGACUUCUUUGUCUCAAGUGAUUACUAAGGGUUUCCAUUUGGGUACAAAAACAUAUAUUCAGAAGUUCUGGAGCCUUUCUAGCUAGAUGAAAGAGUUUGGAAGCAGUUUUCUUCUGCAGCAGCCUGACUGGCUAACUUAAUGCGGGCUGUACGCACAAAACCCUACGAUGCCAUAAUAUAUGUAUGGUCAGAUGAAUGUUUAUUACAGAGGUUGAAAGCUAGAGGUCCAAACAGAAACCCGAAAGCUUUGAGGUUCAGUUUCUUUUUUUUCAGGGAAAUAGGACAGACGAUGUACAAUUUGUAUUUGAUCUUUAGAAAAAAAAUGGAGCCACAAAAAGGUCUGUAGCAAAGUCUGUAAUAACUCACAAGCCAUAUCCAUUAAGAACUCAUCAUCACGAUUUUAUAAAUGGUUAAUCUAAUUUGUGCAAGUAUUGUAUUUUGUAUAGCUAGUACAAUCAGAAUUUUUGAGUGAUCGCUUUAACAUUAAUUUGAGGAUACAAAAAAAAAACCCCUCCGUGUUAGUAUAUAAUGAACUGUACAGUGCCAAACUCAUAACAUUUUGUUGUCUUUUUAUUCUCAUAGCAUCCUUGUUCGUUAAAGGGGUUAUUUCUUUUCAUCACAAAGAAGAGCAAAAUGUGCAGGCAGGUAUACUGACAAGCUUGUUUUGUUUGAGGGGAAAUGAAUGAAUAUGGUGUACAUUUUUACCAUGAUAAAUUCAUUUAGAGGGGAAGAUGCAUAAAGGCUACUGUAGAUGGACAUGGAGAGUGUCUAGUAGAGAAGAUUAAUGGAUUUAUUUUCAUGCUGAUAGAUUUAAAUACAAAACCCUUUUUCUUAUUGUUGAAUGCAUUGAUUCCCUUGGAUACGACAGUGACAAAGAAUUUGUAAAAUAAAGUUGGUGGGAAAAAGG